UCUCAUGUUUAGCUUCUGUGAAUUUUCAGAAUCCCCGCCCCCUAAUACAGCCCGUAAGAUUACGCAGGCGCCCGAGCCGCCACGCCCAGCGCCAUCAAAGCAUACCCAUACCCACCUACCAACCACCUCCCCCAACCACGCCAUCCAAACCCCGCACCACGCACGCGCUCCCUUCGACCUGUCCUCAUUGACACCACCCCAGGCCCACAGGUACGUGCGACAGACGUCACCAGACUCGUGAUGAACAGUAUCCAUGCUAGAUUAGCCUGCGGUAACACGGCAGGGCAGCCGUGUGGUCACGUGGUACCAUCGAUUCAAAAUCACCUGCGUCAUUGAGUGAGACAUGCAUGUCGGGAUUGAGUCCCCCGCCAUUCAUUCCCUACCGCCCAUAUUUGUGUCUUGGGUAUAGAUGGGUAGAUAGAUACGUGUGAUACUGGAAGGUGGGCGGGACGGAUUGCCGCAAU